UAUAAACCCGAAAUAGAGAAAAAACGUUCUCACACCUGAAACCCGUUUUCUUACUGGUUUUUUUCCUUUCAAAAUCCCAAACCCUAAUUCUACAGAUUUCAAUGUUCCUUUCAAUUUUUCUCUGCUAAUUUCUAGGGUGGCCAGCCCAAUUCAACAGCAAACUCAUCUAUUAGAUUAGUCCUUUCAAAACCUGAUUUUGUCCCUGCGUUUUGUUGAUUCAAAUUUCCUUCUGAUCUUGGUGUUGUUCUUUCAAGAUCCAUUAUUCAUGGCGACAUCUUAAAUCACCCUUACUUUUAUAAAUUCAAUCAAUUACUUAGGUAUUAUUUCAAAAUAUAUCAACGAGUUUUAGAUAAGAAUUUCAAUAAGAAGCAGACGUGGUGGCUUUCCUCUUCAUCCCUCUUUCGGCGGUGAAUUUCUUUCUUCUAGAAUGUAUGGUAUUUCACAUCUUCCUACUAUGGGUUAUCAAAUCAGGUCCUGUCAUUACAAUCUCAACAUGAGUUUCCCCUAUUUAAACCUCAAUCCCUGAAGAAUGCACUCUACCUAGCUCCAACGAAUUACAACCCAAACUAUUUGCACUUCAAACCUUUCAAUGUUAUUAAACUGUUUUUUACCCUUCUUUUUCAUCAUGCCUGCUGUUUGGAAUGGUGACUUAGAUCAACUCACUCACAUGCUUCAAGCCUCCAUGAGACUAGACACUAGUAGAAACCUUAAUAUCCAAAACCCAAAUGCCCAUCAAAAUGUCCCUCAUAAUCUGUGGAGAUAUUGUCUUAUUGCGGUUUUUUUUACUCUACAUGGUGUAAAUGCAUGGCAUCUCAGAUGUGCAUUGAGGAAAAAAUGGAGAGUCGGAGGAGGUAUGUCUGUGAGGCAAUUCGAAGUUGAAUAUUAUCUUAUCAGAUUUCAGAUUUAUCAUGAAUUUGUUAGAGUGGUUAGACAUGGGUCUCGAGCUAUUUUGAAUGAUAUAUUCAUGAUUAGUGUUUGGCAUGAAGACCAAGACUUCAGACAAAUUAACCUUACUCAUGUUGAGCUGAACAUCACUAUAAGAGGAUUAACAUUAGAACAACUUGAAGACUUUGAUGAUGUUAGAGGAUAUGUGUUCCAUGUAGGAGAAAUUAUUGCUUUUGAUCAGCCUAUUUACACUCAGCAAGGUACUUAUGAGAUGACAGUUAAAGUAUCAAUGAAUAUCUUCAACACUUUAAGAGAAAACACCAUCGCAGACAAUGGAAGAGGAGGCUUAAACACACUCACCUUUGAAUAUCACGAUUUACCUUUCAUUUUUUGCGAGUUCUGCAGAAGGCUGGGUCAUAGACAUGAGGACUGUGCUCAAAACAGGCAAGCUCAGAACCUGGUACAAAAUGGAUAUCAACUGCCUGCUACACCAGCCAUGUACCCUCCUCUACAUCAACAAGAAGACGACGAUGAUAUGGAAGAUUUAAUAGGGAAUGCAGAUGAUGAACAUGGAUUUUUUAAUGAUGACAGUGAUACCUCAAGUACCAGUAGAAGCAACCACUCUGCAGCCUCAAACAAAUAUGAAAUCAGCAUUACAGAUCAUAAUGAAGCUAUCCUUCCCGAAGAGGAGAAACAUAUAGCAGGUAUAAACCAGGAAAUUUCACUACCACUUUCACCUCCUUAUGUUGUAAACCCCCAUCUAUGGGAUGAGUUCGGUUUUUAUACCCCAGAACCAAAAGAAACAGUUGAUCUCCCAAAUCCCUAUGAACUCACAUGGGAAACAACCACCACAUCCUCUGCCAAAAGACCAAACCCUAGCCAUUACAUCUACUCCUUCCUUCCUGAAGAUUUGGCAAAGUUUGAUCCCAUAGAGUUAUAUCCAGCUGCAAAUACUGAUCCUUCGGCUGCUUCAUCCUCUAGACCUCUUAUCUGGCCUACAAUAGAUGAUUAAAGAGCCUGGAUGCUUCAAGAACCUAAUAAGAAAAGACGGAAGAUAUUUCAAGAACUGGCAGCAAAACAUCCAACCGUGCUUGUGGACAUCUACCAGGCUGAAACUUCAUCCCCACCGGACUCCCCUCAAGUUAGGCCAGAUACUGUUCCUAUGGAUAUAUGGGCAUGUUUGGGAUAUGAAGAUCAUUCUAAUGCAUAUAUGGAAGAAAUUAAGGAAGAAAUCAGGGAACAACCAUGCAUCCAAGAUCGCAAAGGCAAAGGAAUCAUGAAGAAUCAAUAAACCCACAAUCCCUACUCAAGUUUACUAUGUUUCUCUGACUUGGCAAUUACAGGUUACAAUUGAAGUUAGUUUACUGAUCGGAGUUUGCUUAUCGCUUGGGCUGGCCAGCCGUCUUUGUUCUCUUAUACCUUUAUCUGUUUCUUGUCUAGGAUAGUUAAUUCCUGUUUCUAGAGUGUCUUAGUGUUGUAAUCUCUUUAUUCCAAAGGUUUUUCGUUUCUUGUUAGUUUCUUUAGCUUACUUGUUACUUGGUCUGUGAGUUGUAAAGUAUCUUCAGUUCUGCAAUUUCUUGUGUUGUAAUAGUGUGCAGUGUGAAGUUGAUUUCCUCUGUGUCUUAGUUAUAGUAGAGUUUCAACCUUGUGGCUUUGGUUUGAUCUUCUGAGUCUGUCUCUUUGUAGUUCUGUCGUAGUAAGUUUGUAAUAGUGUGCCUUGUAUCUGAGUGAGUUGUUUGUAAUAAAGGUGUGUUUUGGUA